AUGAGUGACACCUCCGUCCUGCAAUGGCUCCAGGGAAGAAUUACCCGCAAGGAACCCAUCACCAUGCCCGAUUUCGCUGCAACAUUCAACUACUGUUCGGAACAAGAUGCCCACUCGGCUUUCUCAACCCUCCUCUCAUCAACGACAAUACCGCAGCAACUUCAAGUUGCACUGAAGGACAAGUACGAGAUUUGGCGACGGAACGACGGCAGGAAUUACUGGGCAUCCCUUGUAGCAUCGUCACAAAUUGCGGUCACAACAAAGAGGACAGUGGCGGAGAUUGUGUCUGGGUGCGAGCACGUCGCCAAGAAACUGAUUCAGGAGCACAGCAACGGUAUGGCACCAUCGGCAGUGGCUAUUCCCUCUCCGGGCCCAGCCAAUGCUUCUUCCAAGGACGAUUGGGAGCCCAAGAAGGUCACGUUUCUGGAGACUGAAUUCGCAACAGAAUCCGAGCGGAGCGACAGCAGUUAUAUCGAUUCGAACCCAUCUUCGACCCGGUCCUCCUUGAAUUCCAUCGAUUUCUCCUUCAUGAAUAGGUUGGUGGGCCCAGGAACCACAUCAUCGCGACUCAACACCGCCGCUCGACUUUUCGUUGGACAAGUGGACGUUUCGGAACUCCUGCUGACUGCACGGAGAGCGAUUGUUAAGAUUCAAAGCCGGAUUACCAGCGUUUCAGAUCUGCUGGCUCUAAAUUUCAUCUUCAACACCGAGUUCGUGACCAAGCAUCUAUCCUCCGAUAUUUCCGCAGCGAUAAUGCGUGUCCAUGUUCCCUCUCCAGCGAAGGAUGAGAUCCAAGUCUUGUCUAAGUGCUUGCUAUAUGCGGCCUGCCAUUCGUUUCUCGAAACCAAGAUCUAUAUUCAGGACAACACCAAAGCGAGAACCCUGCUCGGAGAUCUGCUACGAGCCUACACUAUCAGACCUGGUCUUUGGCAAGAUCCCUCUGCCCGAUUCAUCGACCUGCCGCUGUUGCCAAAGAACGAAGACACAUACAUGGAGGUCGUCGUCAAGAACAUCAUCAUCGGGGUUUUUGGAGACCUUGACAUCGUUGAUCAUUGGUCCCGGGAUCCGCUGCCAACGCCUCGAGGGUUUGAAGAAGCAUACUACCCUGAUUAUUAUGCGGAGAAGGCCAAUCUGCCGUUUAUAGUCGUCGAGGUAAAGAAACCAGAAGCAAAUGCAAGCAGUCUGAAAAGCGACAAACAUAAGUUGCCUUGUAUGAUGAAGAUCAUGCUGGACCAACUACUAGCAGGUGGUGUACAGGAUCCGGUCGUCAUUGGCUAUUUGAUCCAAGCAUCCCACUGCCACAUCUUUUUCAUGGCACUUGAAUAUGAAGCUCUGUACUUGUGCAAGCUCGUCGGAUCGUUUGCGCUGCCAAGGAAUAAUCUUCAAUUGGGAUUGCUGCUUCCAGCACUUGGAGCUCUGCAUGUGGCACAUGACACGGCCAGAAAAACCCUUGCUGCAAUCGAACGUCGCACAAACGCAGGCAACAAUAUGAAGAACAAAUGGCAGCGUCCUUCCUAUUACGUCAAAGGAAUCCGAAUUCCUGCCCCUCUCCCCUCAGCUGAUGACUUGUAA